AUAUAGAGACGAUAUAUCUCAGGAAGGCAGUCGCGUUGAAACGGCGCCCGAUGUUGGACGCGCGAACACAUCACGGACGGUUUCAGACGGGUUGGCUCGCAAGCUCGCGCGAUAAUUGGACGAGUUUGACGAGGAAACGUAAAUGGACCAGUACUCAGCGUAAGGGCGCGCGCACUCGGCGGCAGCUACGAGCUACGAAUGUUCGGGGUAGGCGGUUUCUCAAGGUUUCUCAUUAGUCUCUUAUUAAUUCGGAGACAACGCGCGAAACUGGUGUCGCGAAGUGGAAGCAUCCGGCGGAAAACGUGACGUCAGGUAGAAAACGCGAGGAAAACGUCUCGGGGGCAAAUUACUGUUUGCAUUAUGCAUGCACUGAUGGAAGCGCGAAGAGCAAAAGAGAAAAUAUCGGCGCGGCGUAAUGUGCAGCGACUGCUGCUGUCAAUUCGCAUCGCGCGAUGUUAACAUGCUUGUGGAGUUUCUCGAGCCACCGCGAGAGUUUCGUAAUCGCGCGUUAUAUUUGCCGUAGAGUAGUAUAGUUCCUUAAACUCCACUCGGGGGAGAUUGUUGAAACCGCGAGCAUUUUCAUGGCACAGCGAGAUAUCGACGAAAGAAGCCCGAGUUGAAGCAUCGUUCGUCGCUCGCUUGCUCCGGUUGAGUAGAAAAAGACGCUUCCCAUGUAUAUUUCUCGACAAGCGCAAUGUUUUUGCGCAAAUAUUUCGAGUAUUUCGCGUGUAGCUCAAAUGCUUUUGUUUACGCGCUCGCGUCGAGGUCAGCCUUGACUUUGGGCCGUAAUGAGCUUCACAGCGCAAAUAAUCUCGACCGACACAGUUUCAAAUCCGGAGGCGUCACGUGUGCGGAAAGGCGAUAGAUAAUUACGUCUCCACGAUCCGGCUCCACGGUUGCAGGCGAUCGAGAGCUUAUCACCGCGAUAUAAACAGUAUCACCUUCGCACGCAGCACGCACACAACGUUCUGUCGUUUCUCGCAACGAAUAUCUGAGCGAACGGCGAGCUUUCGCGGGUCAGUCGCUGUUUCCGUGUUUCAAGUAAAGUGCGCCGCUCGCUACGAGCCGUUCCGUCGAGUCAUCGCGCGCGAGUUUACCGUGAAAAUCUGAGCGGAUCAGUGCGAGUGCGGUGGAAGCUCUCCGCAUCUUUCGGCAGUGCGACGCAAGGCGAGAAACGCGCGAGUCGGAAAAAUCAAUCGAAUUAGAUAGAUAUACAACGCGCGGCGAUUCUCUCCUGCCGAGGAUGCCUCACUGCUCGAACGGCUCGCACUGAGGAUCGAAACGCGUACAGCUGAGAGAAGAAUACGCGAGGGACGAUAAUUCAAGAAGCCGCCAUGAAGUCACACAACAGCGACCUCAGUCGGGACCAGGAUCUGAUGCUCGAAACGGAGUUCAAACGCUGCAAUCGCGGCAAUAUCGUGGAAGCAGGCUGGUGUCCCGAAACUUGGGACGAGAUCUUGUGCUGGAACUCGACGCCACCUGGGGAACUGGCCGUGCAGUCUUGCCCAUAUUAUAUCAUAGGGUUCGACAUCGAGGCGGACGCGUCGAAGCAAUGCAUGCCGAACGGCGAAUGGUACUUCAACACCGUCACCGGCAUCACGUGGAGCAACUACAGCCAGUGCUACCGUGAGCAGCUAGUCACCGUCUUGAUGAACAUAUCGGAUGUACAGGCGAACAACGUCACUCUCAUCCGGAAAUUCUUCCCGAUCGUGAAGACCAUCUCGAAACUCGGCUACACAAUCUCGCUGUUCACUCUCAUCAUCGCCUUUUGUAUCUUAGCCACCAUCAAGAAGUUGCGAUGCCCGCGGAACAUAUUGCACAUGCACCUGUUCGCCUCGUUCGUCAUGCGGGCGUUCAUGGCGCUACUGAAGGACAUGCUCUUCGUGUCGGGCAUCGGGCUGGCGGACGUGGUGAUCAAAAACGGUGACGGCUACUGGCUGGUCGAUGAGGCGGAGAGCAACUGGCACUGCAAGAUGUUCACCAGCCUGUGGCAGUACUUCAUCUUGGCCAAUUAUUCUUGGAUCCUGAUGGAGGGGAUAUACCUGCACAAUCUGGUGAUCCUGGCGCUCUUCACCGACGCUAACUCCAGCAUCGCUGCCUACAUCGCUUUCGGAUGGGGUCUGCCAGCUGUAUUUGUUCUGCCCUGGGUGGUCACGAGGAUUAUAUUCGAGGAUACGUAUUGUUGGACGACUAACGUGAAGCCUCUCUUGUUCCUCUUCAUACGCGUACCCACGAUGCUCUCUAUCUUGAUCAAUUUUGUGCUCUUCGUUAACAUCGUGUGGGUGCUCCUGUCGAAGCUGAAGUCCACCGUAUUGGAGGAAACGCAGAGAUACAAACGAUGGGCCAGAAGCACGUUGGUCCUGGUGCCGCUAUUCGGGGUACACUACACGGUCUUCCUGGGCAUGUCGUACAGCAUCGGUGUGAACGAGACCGUGGAGAUCGUAUGGCUCUUCUGCGACCAGCUGUUCGCGUCUUUCCAGGGCUUCUUCGUGGCGGUGUUGUACUGCUUCCUGAACGGCGAGGUGAGGGUCGAGGUGUCGAGGGCGCUUCGCGGCAGCAAGUGGCCGCGCCUACGCGGCCGAUGGGGCCCACGACCUUCGACACACUCCGUCAGCACGUGCAGCUGCAACGCCUCCGGGAAGACCGGUCGACACUCGAGACCACGGCCCAGGUGGUGGAGAGCGCGUUGGAAGUCACCCACGUGCCUGUUCCAGGAGCGGGCGAUCCGUCGGUCCACUCACUCGAUGGCGAGUACACAAGGUGUCCUCUUGAGUCCUACGAAUCAUGAUGGAACGAGAGGAGGUAGUUUAGCGAGCAGCAGAGGCUACCUAGAGAUCGCCGGUAACGGCCAGCCGACGGUGCUGCAGACGACGACGCAGAGUCAGCAGCACGGCCAGCAUACGUCGCCCUUGUGCAGCAAGUACACCGAUCAAUCGUUGCUCUCCUUCUGCUCGAACGUAUCGGAAGCGUCGGGGCCGAAUGUCGAGGGCAGGAUACGUGAGCAGCAUCGAUGGAGCGAUUCCGAGUGCUGUCAUCUCGCCUACGAGUUGCACAAUCUGCAGCACCACGGGCAUCCGUGAUUCUCCCGUGUGCGAUCAAAAAGUAGAAAAAAAUCGCAUGACGCUUGUCCGUGAAUAUGCACGAUGUGCGUCCCAUGUGUGCGCGCAUGCGUGUGUGUGUGUGUGUGUGUGUGUGUGUGUAUGUAUUGAAAGGAAAAGUACAACUAAAAGGUUUAAAGUUUGAAUUCGUGAAACUGACGAUACAAGAGGAAGGUAACGAGAAAAGGGACAAAACAAUAGUGGUUUUCGUUCCUCGCUUCUUUGUAUUGUUUGUUUUUCAUCUCGCUGAUUUCAAGACAGAGGUCAAAUCGCUUUUGAUCCUAUCUUCUUUUACGAAGGGAUGUAUCGUAUCACUGUCGUAGAUCUUAAAUCGUGCAAAUGUGUGUACUAUAUAAUACAGGCGAGGCGUCCGAUAUUUUAGAAUACUUUUAGGUAUUCGUUGAAGUGUGCUGGGAUGUCCGCCAAGUCCUCUCGAUAUACCUCGACCUUUUAGCGCUAUGUAUCUGUCAUCGACAUGCAAGCUCAGCAUGCGAAAAAGAAAAAAUAUCGAACGUCGGUCGUUAUUUAUUCAUAACGACCGCUAUGCACAUGCGACGUGACUAAAUGAAACAAAAAAGAACGGGUUAUUAAAACCAAAUAUAUUUUAAUAUGGCUGUAUAGGCUAUAUAAACGUUAAGUAUUUUUAAUAUGACUAUAUUUUCGAUUUAGCCACACAUCACAAAAGCCUGUAGUCAAUUAUCUCCUAUACACUUGUUAUUUUUUUCUAUCAAGAUAUACUAUUAUUGCGUGAAAUUUAAUAUAUUUAUAAUG